GCGCGGUGCAUUGUGGGCAGCUCCCCGCUCUGCCGCUGCCACCGCUGUCGCCCGCGGAGGAUCGGGGCCGGCCGGGCCGGGAUGGUCCCGGUCCGGAGGCCGCCGCCGCCGCUGCCGCCGCCGCCGGAGGGAGCGGGCCGCCCAGCGCCGCCCUGAGCCGCCGCCGCCCCCACCCCGCCCCGGCCCCGGGGGAUGCGCCGCCCCGAGCCGCUGCCUCCGCGGCCGCAGCCUCCGCCGCAGCGGGCACAGAGCAGGUAGAUGGCCCCCCCAGGGCAGGCCCUGCGGACACCCCUCCCUCCGGCUGGCGGAUGCAGGGCCUAGCGGCUGCUCCUAAGGACGAGACCAACAUGAGUGGGGGAGGGGAGCAGGCCGACAUCCUGCCGGCCAACUACGUGGUCAAGGAUCGCUGGAAGGUGCUGAAAAAGAUUGGAGGUGGGGGCUUUGGUGAGAUCUACGAGGCCAUGGACCUGCUGACCAGGGAGAACGUGGCCCUCAAGGUGGAGUCGGCCCAGCAGCCCAAGCAGGUCCUCAAGAUGGAGGUGGCCGUGCUCAAAAAGCUGCAAGGGAAGGACCACGUGUGCCGGUUCAUCGGCUGUGGCCGGAACGAGAAGUUUAACUACGUGGUGAUGCAGCUCCAGGGCCGGAACCUGGCCGACCUGCGCCGCAGCCAGCCGAGGGGCACCUUCACGCUGAGCACCACCCUGCGGCUGGGCAAGCAGAUCCUGGAGUCCAUCGAGGCCAUCCACUCCGUGGGCUUCCUGCACCGGGACAUCAAGCCGUCCAACUUCGCCAUGGGCCGGCUGCCGUCCACCUACAGGAAGUGCUACAUGCUGGACUUCGGGCUGGCCCGGCAGUACACCAACACCACGGGGGACGUGCGGCCUCCUCGGAACGUGGCUGGGUUUCGAGGGACUGUCCGCUACGCCUCGGUCAAUGCCCACAAGAACCGGGAGAUGGGCCGCCAUGACGACCUGUGGUCCCUCUUCUACAUGCUGGUGGAGUUCGCAGUGGGGCAGCUGCCCUGGAGGAAGAUCAAGGACAAGGAGCAGGUAGGGAUGAUCAAGGAGAAGUACGAGCACCGGAUGCUGCUGAAGCACAUGCCGUCCGAGUUCCACCUCUUCCUGGACCACAUCGCCAGCCUCGACUACUUCACCAAGCCCGACUACCAGUUGAUCAUGUCGGUGUUUGAGAACAGCAUGAAGGAGAGGGGCAUCGCUGAGAACGAGGCCUUUGACUGGGAGAAGGCUGGCACGGACGCACUCCUGUCCACGAGCACCUCCACCCCGCCUCAGCAGAACACGCGGCAGACGGCAGCCAUGUUCGGGGUGGUCAACGUGACGCCGGUGCCCGGAGACCUGCUCCGGGAGAACACGGAGGACGUGCUGCAGGGCGAGCACCUGAGUGACCAGGAGAACGCACCCCCUAUCCUGCCCGGGCGGCUCCCCGAGGGGCUGGGCCCCGGCCCCCUCCUGGCCCCCCAUCCCGGGGGCCCUGAAGCUGAAGUCUGGGAGGAGACAGAUGUCAACAGGAACAAACUCCGGAUCAACAUCGGCAAAACCCCCUGCGUGGUGGAAGAGGAGCAGAACCGAGGGGUGGGGGUCCCCAGCUCUCCGGUGCGAGCCCCGCCAGACUCCCCGACCACCCCAGUCCGUUCUCUGCGCUACCGGAGGGUCAACAGCCCCGAGUCCGAGCGGCUCUCCACGGCGGACGGGCGGGCGGAGCUCCAUGAGAGGAGGUCACGGAUGGAUCUGCCCGGCUCACCCUCGCGCCAGGCCUGCUCCUCGCAGCCGGCGCAGAUGCUGUCGGUGGACACGGGCCAGGCCGACCGGCAGGCCAGUGGCCGCAUGGACGUGUCGGCCUCCGUGGAGCAGGAGGCCCUGAGCAACGCCUUCCGCUCUGUGCCGCUGGCGGAGGAGGAGGACUUCGACAGCAAGGAGUGGGUCAUCAUCGACAAGGAGACGGAGCUCAAGGACUUCCCCCCGGGGGCCGAGCCCAGCACCUCGGGCACCACGGAUGAGGAGCCGGAGGAGCUGCGGCCGCUGCCCGAGGAGGGCGAGGAGGGGCGGCGGCCAGGGCCGGAGCCCGCCGCCCGGCCCCGGGGACGCUGCAUGCAGACGCUGGCCGAGGAGGACCUGCGACAGACGCCAUCCCAGUUCCCACCACCCCAGCUGAGCCAGGCCGACGGGCGGUCAGAGACCUCGCAGCCCCCCACGCCCGGCAGCCCUUCCCACUCACCCUUGCACUCCGGACCCCGCCCUCGACGGAGAGAGUCGGAUCCCACUGGCCCCCAGAGGCAGGUGUUCUCCGUGGCGCCCCCGUUUGAGGUGAACGGUCUCCCGCGAGCUGUGCCUCUGAGCCUGCCCUGCCAGGACUUCAAGAGAGACCUCUCCGACUGCCGCGAGCGGGCCCGGCUGCUGCACAGGGUCCGGAGGGUGGGCUUCUCGCACAUGCUCCUCACCGCCCCCCAGGCCCCGCUGACUCCCAUGCAGCCUCAGGCCAAUGGGAAGGAGGAAGAGGAGGAGGAGGAAGAGGAGGAGGAGGAGGAAGAGGAGGAGGAAGAGGAGGAGGAUGAGGACGAGGAUGAGGAGGACGAAGAAGAGGUGGAGGAAGUGGAGGAGGAGGAGGCAAUAGCCCUGGGGGAGGCCCUGGGGCCCUGCAGUGGCUCCAGCAGCGAGGGGAGCGAGAGGAGCACCGACCGCAGCCAGGAGGGCGCCCCGUCCACGCUGCUGGCUGACGACCAGAAGGAGGCCAGGGGCCGGGCCUCCAUGGCCGACGGGGACCUGGAGCCCGAGGAGGGCUCCAAAACGCUGGUGCUCGUCUCCCCCGGGGACAUGAAGAAGUCGCCCGUCACUGCCGACCUGGCCCCUGACCCCGACCUGGGCACGCUGGCUGCCCUCACGCCUCAGAACGAGCGGCCCCAGCCCACCGGGAGCCAGCUGGACGUGUCUGAGCCGGGCACCCUGUCCUCCAUCCUCAAGUCCGAGCCCAAGCCCCCUGGGCCGGGGCCGGGGCCGGGCGCCGGGGCGGGCGCCGGGGCGGGCGCCGGGGCGGGGGCCGUGGCGGUCACCUCCUCCCCCUUCACCAAAGUGGAGAGGACCUUCGUCCACAUCGCGGAGAAAACCCACCUCAACGUCAUGUCUUCCGGCGGACAGGGCUCCCGGCCCGAGGAGCUCAGCUCGGGGGGCGAGCUGGGCCUGGGGGUGCCCUCGGAGGGGGGGCCGGCAGAGGAGGGCGCCUCUGUGCCCCUGGAGAACGGCGUCGCCCAGUCGGGCCCUCCCGGGGACACCGCCACGGAGGUGGCCACGGGCUCCCUGCCCAAUGGGGCACCCCCUGUGGACGGGCCAGCCCCAGCCUCCCCGCUGGAGCCGGCCCCCGAAAGACUGGCCGCCGGCUCCCCCAGCCACCGCGCCCCGCCGGGCCCGCGCGGCCGGAGCCGCAUCCCGGUCCUGCUGUCGGAGGAGGACACGGGCUCCGAGCCCUCGGGCUCCCUGUCGGCCAGAGAGCGGCGGGGCAGGCGGGGGAGGCCGCAGGACCUGGCGCGGCUGGUGAUGGAGAAGCGGCAGGGCCGCCUGCUGCUGCGGCUGGCCUCCGGGGCCUCCUCGUCCUCCAGCGAGGAGCGGCGCCGCGCCUCCGAGACCUUCUCGGGCACCGGCUCCGAGGAGGACAUGCCCGCCUCCGAGCCCGCGGCGCCCGGGAGGGCCGGGCGGGCGGCCCCCCGGAGCCGGAUUCCCCGCCCCAUCGGCGCCCGCAAGCCCACGCCGGCCCCGGCCCAGCGGUCCCCCGGCAGACCCCCUGGCGCGGCCCGGGCAUCGGACACAGCCAUCACCAGCAGGGUCCAGCUGCAGAAGCCCCCUGGGUCGGCCACACCCGCUGACUUCGGUCCCAGACAGCCCCUGGGCCGGGGCCAGGGCCCGGGGCGAGGCCCCGCCAGCACCAGGCCGCCCGCCCCGCGCAGCCCGGGCCUCCCCGCCGCCGCGCGCCCCGCCAGCGCGUCCCCCGGCAGCCGGUCCCUGUCCCGCAGGGAGAGCCCCUCGCCCUCGCACCAGGCCCGGCCCGGGGCCCCCCCGCCCCGAGGCGCCUCCCAGGCCCGGGCCGAGCCCGACGGCACCCCCUCCCCGGGGGGAGCCAGGAAAGGACCCAGAGGGAAGCCCCAGACUCAGCGCGCAGCGACCAAAGGCCGGGCCGGGGCCGCGGAGGGCUGCGCCGGGGCCAGAUCAUGACGCCGGGCUCCACGUGGGCCUCCCUCCGCCCCGCCCGCAGCGACCACGCCGGAUCAGCUCCCAGCACAGCCUUAGGCGCGGAUAGCGCCCCCGCGGCCCCAGCUUCCUGCCUGCGCCCGUGCUUGCCCAGCCAGGCUCCGCCGGUGGGGGGCGCCUCACCGCAGGGGCAGAGCUCGCCUCCCCUUCCUUCCCCAGCACCUGCUGCCCCUCCGCUGGAAGGCCCAGCCGCUCUGCGCGGAGGCCCCACUCAUGGGACCGCCCGCCCUCCCGCCAGGCCUCCGCUGCGCUCCACGCCCCACCCCAGCACUCUGCUUACACCUCCUGCAGAGCCUCUCCCUCCUCCAGCCUCUCCAGCCAAAGCCCCCCUCUGGGAAAGGCAGCCUCAGUUUACCCAAGCGGAGGCUCCAGCCUCCCCAGGGGUCAACCCCACAGCCUCCUGGGAAGGACCUCUUCGCAGCGGCUAGACUGGGGCUGGGGAGGGGGACCGAAGGCCAUCGGUUUACUCAGGUGUGAGGCCAAGCAAGACCCGCCCCAAAGCUCAUUCUGGACACCCUGU